UCUCUCUCUGUCUCACACUUCAAAAGUCUUUUAUUGCUCUUCUAUGCUAGACCAGCAAGCUUCACACACUAGAAAUGCUGAUGUUUCAUCUCUUCAAAAAACCCUAAGCAGCUCUCAAAGCCCUAGCAACUCAUCUCAGAUCUGCUCUGCAUCACUCCAAUUAUGCACUUUCAGGAGAGGCUCUGGAGUUGAACUCUGUAACAAUGUCCAACUCCGACCCCAAGCCCCGUCCCAAGCCUUCUCCGUUUCUACCUGCGCCUGAAUCCUCCCCAUUGCCGCCUUCUUCUUGGGCUAAGCGAACUGGGUUCCGACCUAAGUUCUCAGGAGAGACUAAUGCUAGUGAUUCCGGUCAGAUUUCCGUUCCUCCGAAGCCCAGGGAGCAGCCUGAUAAUCAGCCGGAUCUUGAAGCUGGUCGAGUGAAAGCAGCUCCGACGACACCAUCACCGGCUGUCGUGAAUGGCAUUGCAACGGCGUUGCCAAUUGAGAAUAAAGAUCAGACUGUGAAGAGGAGGAGGGACUCUGAUGGUGGUGGAGCUCUCAAGAAAGAGUCGGGUCAUGGUGCUAAUGGGCAGGGUCCAGCAGGGCCCAGGGAGGGUACGAGAAGAGCUGCGAGGAAUGAGGAAGUGGUUGAUGUGUUGCCACAAAGUCUGGAGGAUGAUGGGCUUGUGGGAAGGCAUUCCCAUAUGAAGUAUGAGCUACGAGAUACACCAGGACUGGUUCCCAUUGGUCUAUAUGGGUUCCAGCAUUACCUUUCGAUGUUAGGUUCAUUGAUUCUCAUUCCACUCGUCAUAGUUCCUGCAAUGGGGGGCUCUUAUGAGGAUACUUCAACGGUGGUAUCGACGGUGCUUUUCAUUUCAGGAGUGACCACACUUUUGCAUAUAUCUUUCGGAUCAAGGUUGCCUUUGAUACAAGGCCCAUCAUUUGUUUAUCUUGCUCCAGCAUUAGCAGUAAUAAAUUCUGCAGAGUUACAAGGAUUAAGUGGAAAUAAUUUCAAACAUAUUAUGAAGAAGCUACAGGGGGCUAUAAUUAUUGCUUCGGCUUUCCAAGUGUUGCUCGGAUAUAGUGGUUUGAUGUCAGUAAUUUCGAGGUUGAUCAAUCCAGUGGUUGUUGCCCCAACUAUUGCUGCUGUUGGACUUUCUUUUUUUAGUUAUGGCUUUCCGCUUGUUGGUGACUGUCUUGAGAUUGGCGUGGUGCAGAUAUUACUGGUUAUCAUUUUUUCUCUUUACCUUCGUAAGAUAUCUGUUUUUGGUCAUCGCGUUUUUCUCAUUUACACGGUUCCACUGGGUCUAGGAAUCACAUGGGCAGCUGCUUUUCUUCUGACUGAAACAGGAGCUUAUAGUUACAAAGGCUGUGAUCCAAAUAUUCCUGCUUCAAAUAUAAUAUCUGACCACUGCAGAAAGCAUGUUUCCAGGAUGAAGCACUGUCGAGUUGAUACUUCUCAUGCAUUGAAGUCUUCCCCAUGGUUUAGGUUUCCUUAUCCCUUGCAGUGGGGUACUCCUGUCUUUGAGUUGAAAAUGGCCCUUGUCAUGUGUGUGGUGUCCAUUAUCGCAUCUGUAGAUUCGAUUGGCUCAUAUCAUGCAUCAUCAUUGUUGGUGGCAUCUAGACCUCCAACCCGAGGUGUUCUGAGUAGAGGGAUUGGCCUUGAAGGGCUUUCUAGUGUCUUGGCUGGUCUUUGGGGUACUGGAACUGGCUCCACAACUCUAACUGAGAAUGUGCACACUAUUGCUGUGACCAAAAUGGGAAGCCGCAGAGCAGUUGAAAUAGGUGCAGGUGUUCUGAUUCUCUUAUCCCUUAUAGGUAAAGUUGGAGGGUUUAUUGCUUCAAUUCCUCAAGUAAUGGUUGCUGCUCUCCUUUGCUUCAUGUGGGCAAUGCUUGCUGCACUAGGAUUGUCAAAUCUACGGUAUAGUGAGGCUGGAAGUUCUAGGAAUAUCAUCAUAGUAGGGCUAUCCUUAUUUUUUUCACUUUCAGUGCCAGCAUAUUUUCAACAAUAUGGCAUCUCCCCAAAUAGUAACUUGUCUGUUCCAAGUUAUUUUCAGCUUUACAUUGUUGCCUCUCAUGGACCAUUCCACAGCAAAUUUGGAGGGUUGAACUAUUUUUUAAACACAUUAUUAUCCUUACAUAUGGUGAUUGCAUUUCUGGUGGCUAUUAUCUUGGACAACACUGUACCAGGCAGUCGGCAAGAGCGGGGAGUGUAUGUAUGGUCUGAAACAGAGGCAGCAGGGAGGGAACCUGCAAUUACCAAAGACUAUGAAUUACCUUUCAGAGUUGGCAGAAUUUUCAGGUGGGUGAAAUGGGUUGGGAUUUGAGAGAUCAAGGAUGUUUUUGUUGCUGUGCUGAUCAGCAUUGAAACUAAUAGAGCUGCUCCUAUUGAGGGGAUAUGAUUGUGCGGCCCUUUUGAUUGUGGAUGCAAGUCCCUUGAGCUCAUAUGGUAGGUAUCAGGGGGAACAAAAUGAUUUUUCAGGUCCAUGGAAAUGAGUUAUUAAUGUACAUUAUAGGAUCCAUAGGGAUCUCAUCUCAUUGUGUUGUAAUUUUAAAUUAUUCACCAAUGUAUUUAGUUUUGAGUCAUUGAAAUUGUCUAGCUUAGAAUACAUAAUCCAUCCUCAUCAUGUAUAUUUUUUUCUCAAUUAUAUUCUUAAUGAGCGUCACCUUUUAUUUUUA